CGAAGAAGCGCUUGGAAUCGUGAGGUGGAUGUCCUGAUAAGCCAAUGCAAUUAUGGCAUUACGAAGAUCAGAAUACACCAUCGGUGGUGUAAAAAUUCUCUUCCCGUGCAAGGCGUAUCCAUCACAACUUGCUAUGAUGAAUGCAAUUGUGAAGGGGCUGAGCUCCAAGCAACACUGCCUGCUGGAGAGUCCCACUGGAAGUGGAAAAAGCUUGGCCCUGCUCUGCUCUGCGCUGGCCUGGCAGCAAUCGCUCUACGAAAAACCACUGGAUGACUUGUGCUCAAAAGAAUCCAAGAAGACCGAGAUUUUGAAACUCUGCCGAUGCCCAUGCCACGCUAAAUUGUCCGGUCGGGAUGCAGAAGGAGACUGUCAAACCACAUCUUCUUUCUUCCCCAGCUAUGCAACGGAGACCUCACCAGGCGGUGGAAGUAGCUCAACCCACAAAGAAAGCGUCUCACCAAUUACAUUGGCUUCAAAGCUGUCUGCCAAACAGCAAGCCUCAUUCUAUGAAGACGAUGACAGCGACAGUGAUUUUAAAGUGGAAAGAAAGAGGAUUCGUUCACUCGAAACGGAGCAGCAGUGGUGGCUUUUUGCAGUGACCUCAUCUCUUGAGGCUCAGUGGCUUAAUGAUGCUGAAGACGGUCUCUGCUCCAGCGGUUCGAGUCCUAGCACAGGGUGA